CUCCCCUAAAAAAAUAAAAUAGAAAACUAUUUCUUUUAUCAUUCUCUCCAUGAAAAAUAUAAACCGACUUUCCUUUCACCGCCUCGCCCAACCAAACUUCGAACUGCCGUCGUAACCAACUCCAACCACUGUAUUAUUCAAGAUCGUGUCUUCUCGCCUAAAAUUACCAAGCACCAUCAAUGAAUUCUAGCACUGAUACUACGAUAGUAAGAUGCUUGCAUUUGCGGUAAGGAAAGAUUGUUAUAUAUAUGUCGAUCUUCUACGCCGCUGCUACGAGAAACCGGAUUCCAGAGUCUCGAGACAUGGCAGACGAGGCGAAAGAUCCAUUGGGAAAAAUAUACUGGAAGUGAAUGAGUAGUGCCACUGAUACGGUGGAAAAUAGAGAACCAGCUGUGAAAAAGCGUCUUCAUAACAAAUUCAGGCAAAUCCCAGAAUAUUACUUCCUUCCUUGGAAAUCUUUACCAGCUGCAAUUGGAUUUUACGGCUCCUUCAUUAUUGCUGGAGUUGGAACUGGCAUGCUUUUGGAAGUUUGGAUCAACAAGAAAGUUAAGAAAAGGGUAAGAUGGGUGACUCAAAAACUACUGAAGCGAUUUUGAAAGAAGUUGUGAAUUUGCAUACGUGGGAUUCAAUUGGUGCUUGUGGACUAAGUAGAUGAGCAACAAGUGGGGCUCUAAUAUCUUCGAAGCUUGCAUACGAACGGGAGAACACGCUACAAAGGAAUUUUCUGAAUUUUUUUUCUACAUGCAAGGAGGGGAGGCUACCCUGCAAGAGUUGCAUGGUUCGCUGAUUCAGGCUGAGAGAAACUUACCAAGUAAACCUAAACAUAAGGAUGUUCUAAUGGUUAGUAAAGGUAAGCAAUUCAAGAAGAAGGGGGCUCCCAUGAAGAAGAACAAGGGCAAGGUGGUUGCCAAUGAGAACUCUUCAACCAAGCCAAAGGCCAAUCCUAAGGCUAAGGUAGCUGCUCAACAUGAGUGCUACCACUGCCACAAGAUUGGUCAUUGGAAGAGGAACUGCCACAAGUAUCUGGAGGAUAAGAAGACUGGUGCUUCAACUUCAGGGACUAAAAAGAAGUAGGAGCUUGAGCAAAGGAGCAAGAGUUGUUGCUUUAGCUGUAGGAGAUUAUAGUUUACCUUCUGGUUUAAGAUUAGAACUUUAUAAUUGUUAUUACGUUCCAGUUAUUACCAAGAACAUAAUUUCUAUUCCAAUUUUGGAUUCGGAAGGUUUUUCAUUUCAAAUUAUGAAUAAUUGUUGU